AUGAUUAACAUAGGAAGCCCAGAUGUCGAGAUUGAAGACAGCGAUAUCGACUCUCAAGAUGCACCCAGUCUCGAAAGCGUACCUUGCCUCGUCACUCCACCUCCCAACCGUUCCUCGAUGCGGCUACCGAGCUUUGAGGCCUUUGAUCGUGGAGUUGAAGCUACCGCACGACCGAGCGGGCGCAUAAGCGAUCAUUCUCGAGGCUUUAUACUUCCAAGUCCUUCGGAGUUGAUUGCCCAUGGGGAUCGAAGGCCUCCGCCUCCUACCCCUCGACUGCCAUGGUCUUCGUGGAGUUGCCCAAGCGCCAACUCGUUCAACGAGUACAGUUAUUCACAGCAGAGGGCAGUGACUGGCCUCGGUAUUCUCCCUUUCAGUCUCAGUAACGCUCAACGCACCGUCUAUGAGAGUCUUCCAUAUGGCGCCGCAGACAAGCAAUUCACACCUCGUCUUGGUCCAUCCGCUGCCAGUUCCUGGCAUGAUGUAUCGACUGAUGUGGACUCCAACUAUCGGUUCAAUCAGAAGUAUACAAUCGAACAGGGAGACUUCAUCAUUUACGCCAGACACGACAAGAAGCUGAGCUGGUCAGGUGUCGUAAGAGAGUUUGCUUGCCAGUUUGGCAAUACUCCUCGACGCACAAUCCAAGGCCUCCAAGCUUGGCACUAUCGAAUAAACAAUCAGAUACCAGUCUGGGAUGAAGACGGAUGGCUAUGCUUUGAUCACGAAGACGAUGACAAACCUCGUCAAAUCAGCAUCAAAGCUCGCGAACGACACAUGUAUCUACAUCCCGGAGAGUCAUUGGGUAUUGCCUCACGUUAUCCCGAACGGGCUGUGAACUACUCGUGGGUUGACCCCAUGACAAAGCUGGUGGCAAAGGAUUGGGGUAUGUAA